AUGGUGAGGGAAAUGCUCAUGGAGGUACUGAGUGAAUCGAUCCUAAAAACGAGUAAGAACAAAAAACUAGAAAUUUUGUUGUUGAUUCCUGCGUCAAUUGACAUAGAGGCACUUCUACAGCAUGGAUUUUCUCAAACUGCAAAUCUGCACGCUUCGCCAACCAUCAGAUUGACUAUCGAUCAACGCAAAACUAGACAAGAAGGAGGUAAUGGAUGCCAUCCAGAUAAUACGAAACACAAUUUAAGUAUGAUCAUAGCCAGGAGUAUUCUCGAACUGCAGUCACGGAUGAAAAAUGACAGAGCGAAUAUCCGCAAAGACUUGGACAAGAUUGAUAAACUGAAUUGUACUUCUUCCAUACAUCUUAUGCUGAAACCAAGCAACACAACUACAGACAAAGAAUCCGAGAAAUUAAGUAUCAACCGGAUCCCCUACGCGCCGGAGCUCUUUUUGAGAUAG